AUGGGCUCAGUUCAAAAGAAUGUUGAUCACAAAGACCCUCAAAUACACCCUCUGCACUUGACGCCAUUUGACGCCCUGCUCGACAAGAAACGGGUAUGGCCGAGCGAGCCCAAUACGAGAGAAGAGGGUCUGGGACGUCUCGUUUUCCUCACGCCAGACGUUGUCGCCUCUGCGGCAGCAACAUGCAUCCGAAGCGGACAUCGUGUGAAUCUAGGAUGGGAGUUGAAUAAACUGGAGAUCGCCAAUUUCGGACGAUUACCUUGUAAGCACCAGAUUGUCGACCUUCUCGACGGCGCCGCUUUUGACGACAUUUAUACAUUCAACCCGCAACAAAGUAGCCAAUGGGAUGGGCUCAGGCAUUUCUCGCAGCCCGAUCCAACCGAGAGUGAACCAAAUAGGAGGGUUUUCUAUGGUGGUGUGACGACUCGGGAGAUUCUAGAUCCAAAGAACCAUCGGAUAGGAAUCCAGUAUUGGGCGAACGAAGGGAUUUGUGGGCGAGGUGUGCUAUUGGACUACGUUUCGUAUGCAGAAAAGAGAGGCAUUGAGUAUUCGACAUUCAGCGACCACUCAGUUCCUCUCAGCGUACUUCUCGAGAUUGCGCGAGAGGAGAAUCUAACUUUCAAACGUGGUGACAUCCUCUUCGUACGCAUGGGGGUGACCAGGGAAUGGGAUACGCGCAUGACAUCCGAGGACAAGAAUGCGUACGCCACGACCAAGACUCCUCAACACGCCGGCGUCGAAGGAACCGAGGAAAUGCUACGCUGGCUGUGGGAUACAGGCUUCUCUGCCGUGGCGAGCGAUGCGAUAUCAUUUGAAAUCUACCCAGCCAAGAAGAGUUAUCCCCGCGGUCAAGGGGAGCCUGAGGUGGAGGGUGUCUUUAUGCACGAAUACUUGUUGGCGGGCUGGGGCAUGCCCAUUGGUGAGCUUUUUGACCUUGAGGCAUUGAGCGAGAUGUGCGUGAGAGAGCAACGCUGGGAGUUUUUUGUUGCGAGUGCGCCAUUCAACAUGCCUGGGGGUGUUAGCAGUCCGCCGAAUUGCAUCGCGAUCUUUUGA